AUGUCCGUCAACCUGCUCUCGAACGUUCCCCUCUCCAUCUCCGCGCCCUCGAUAGAUCAGCCGUUUGGCGUGAAGCUAUGGCCCAUCUUCGACUCCGUCUUCACCUCGAUCAUGGGCUAUUCGGCAGAUGAUUUCCGGUUCGUCACGAAUGAGACGCCCAUGUCGACGCUCAAGGCUACCAGCAUCGCCCUGAUAUCCUACUACGUCAUCAUCUUCGGUGGCCGUGAGCUGAUGCGCAGCCGUCCGGCCAUGAAGCUGAACGGUCUCUUCAUGGUGCAUAACUUCAUAUUGACGGCCGUCAGCUUCCUCCUACUCGUCCUCUACAUCGAGCAGCUGUUGCCCACCUUGGUUCGGAAGGGUACUUUUCAUGCCAUCUGUCACUACGACGGCGGUUGGACUAAGCCGUUGGUUCUCCUCUACUACCUGACCUACCUUACCAAAUACCUUGAGCUGCUUGACACCGUCUUCCUGGUUCUCAAGAAGAAGCCUCUCACCUUCCUACACACCUACCACCAUGGCGCCACCGCCUUGCUCUGCUACACCCAGCUCAUCGGAUCUACCGCCGUCUCCUGGGUGCCCAUCACCCUCAACCUGGUUGUCCAUGUCGUCAUGUACUGGUACUACUUCCAGAGUGCCCGAGGCAUCCGUAUCUGGUGGAAGGAGUGGAUCACUCGUCUCCAGAUCGCCCAGUUCGUCAUCGACCUAGGGUUCGUUUACUUCGCCUCCUACACCUACUUCACCUCGACCUACUUCCCAUGGCUGCCCAAUGCGGGCAGGUGCGCUGGUGAAGAAUUCGCCGCUUUUGCAGGUCUCAUCAUCCUCUCUUCCUACCUCCUUCUCUUCAUCUCCUUCUACCUCGCCACCUACAAGAAGGGAGCCAAGUCUGGUCGACCACGCCGUAACACCGGAACCCAAGCUGCCAUCGCCAUGAAGAACAUGGAAGUCCCUUCGGUUGGCGGCCGCAGACCUUCUGCUUCCUCCAAUGGCUUCGCCAACGGAAGUACUUCUGCCAAUGGAUCCGCUGCCACCACCGCCCGUGCCAACGGACCCGUAACCAGGUCAAGAAAGGCAUAG